CAUCUUUUUCCGAAGUCUGAAUUUCUCUUAAGCACCCCGUCACCUUAGCUCAUUUCCUCGCUUUUCCUUCGUUUCACUUUCCCCACCCAAAUCCUCCUUCCUCCUGCGAAGUUACAGUCACGCCCUCUCCCACUUUUCUCCUUCUUCUCUCUUCCCCUGUACCAACCAAACCCUUCUCUCUAUCUAAACACCUACAUCGAAUGCUCUAGAUAGAAUUCUCUCUCUCUCAUCCCCAAUCUCCCCAACCUCUCUCUCCUCUUUUAACUUGUGCAGCCUGUUCAGCUUUUUUUUGCUCACAUCAUGAAGUUAUGAAGGUUGAUCAUCUUCAAGCCCAAUCUCUGUGAAUCCGUGUUACCGUUCGCCUGGUUCUGUCCGCAUGGCUGAUGAUAAAGUUAAUGAAGAUGCAAGCUCCAGCCAAAAUGCAAGUGAAAGUUCUAAUUCAACCAUUGAGGUCAACAUCAAGACGCUGGAUUCUCAGAUCUACACUUUCCGAGUGAAUAAAAAUAUAACUGUGUAUAGUUUCAAAGAACAAAUUGCGGGUGGAAUUGGUGUUCCUGCAGCACAGCAACGACUUAUUUUCAGAGGAAGGGUCAUAAAGGAUGAUCAUCACCUUGCAGAAUAUAAUCUAGAGGACGGGCAUACACUACAUUUAGUUGUCAGACAGCCAGUUCAAUCACAACCUUCAACUGGUACUGCAUCUGGCAGUGCUGGUGAGAAUGCGGCUAGCAGAGGUACUGAUGCUCCAGCUGCCUUCAAUAACAGGGCUGGACAAGUUUCACAUAGUGUAGUUCUUGAAACCUUCAAUGUUGCAGAUCAAGGUGAUGUGGUACCUGAUGUUUCUCGGUUACUUGGAGCAGUGCUGAAUUCUUUAGGAAUGGAGAAUUUGAUUGUCAACAACAAUGGGGCUGGAAAUCAAGCAUCUAGUACUGGGUCAAGUGAUCCUAGUCAGGCUCCUCGUGGAGCUGCAACAAAUGGAACAUCUGGGAAUACGAGUGGCAGGAGUCGAGAAUCCAACCAAGCCCAUCCUGCCCAUACCCCUCCGAGCUUUCCGUUCCCAUCAGGUUAUCAAUAUUUUCAAGCGCCACGUCCUGGGGCAAUGGCUGUUCCUUUACAAGCUAUGGCCAUCCCAGAUGCUCUGACAGCACUUUCUGGUUUCACGAGUCGCAUGGAGCAGGGAUUCGUGCUCAGUGGCUUUAGUCAUCAGUCUUCAUCUCCUGCACCUUCUUCUAGUGCACACAGUCCACCAAGUUCUGGAAAUUUUUCCAAUUCCAGAGGAUUGCCAACACCUGAACUGUUGGGAGCUGUUAUUCGACAGGUGCAGCAACUUCUUAGUGGUCGUGCUGGAGCUGCACUUUUGCAUCUUGCAAGUCGUUUGGCAAGUGAGGCUGCUGUUAACGAUCCAGUAGUGCGUAAUCAGAUUCAGGCUGAAGCGAUACAAGCUGGAAUAUAUACGCACCAUUUAGGGGCUCUUCUGCUUGAGCUUGGUCGCACAAUUAUGACAUUGCGGAUGGGGCAAUCUCCUGCUGAAGCAGUUGUGAAUGCUGGGCCCGCAGUUUAUAUAUCCCCGUCUGGACCAAAUCCCAUUAUGGUUCAGCCUCUACCUUACCAGUCCACCCCUUUCUUUGGUGCUUCUUCCACUGCUCCACUUCAGGCCACUGCUGGAAUUCAAGUUUCAGCUGCUCCUGGUGAUAUACAAAGAAACAUUAACAUUCAUAUACAUGCUGGUACCUCAGUUUCUCCACGAGUGUCGUCGUUUGCUCCAAGAGCGAAUAAUGGUGAUGUGGCUCAUGCUAAUGAACGACAAAGCCAAGAACAAACAAACUCGAAUCAAGCUGGUUUGCAUGGUGCCAUGCAUGUACUGCCUAUGAGAACUGUAGUUGCAGCUGUUCCUUCACGUCCUCCUGGUGAAGCAUCCGGCCAUAUUCUUAGUGUUGUCCUCCCUCUUCAUGCAAGGUCACAAGAAUCAAAUGCCGGCCAGCCAAUUCCCUCUCAAUCACCCUCUCUAACAGUUUCCAGUGGAGCCCAGGUGGAAUCUCAUGCUAGAAAUAUCGAUGGAAAUUCUCAGAUAUCUCAAGUCCCAGCAGAUUCAAGUCGUCAAGGCACAUCAUCUGUUCUGUUAUCAGCAUCACGUUCUGAUGUUGAAGGAAACCAGAGCCAGAAAGAUGUGUCUGUCAACGGAACUGAAACGGUUGCUGAAGGUUAUAGCACAUCUACUGCUGUUGAGGAGCCCCAGCCUCAAUUUGAUGGUAGCCAGCCAAAACGUGAUGAUGAUGGAACCAGUGCAUUUUUUUUGAUGCAGCAAACUAACUCUGCAAAAGAUGCAGCAAACAAUCAGGGAACUGCGACAUCUUCAUCCACAUCGACUGGCCCAAAAGCAGCUCCACUAGGAUUAGGACCUGGUGGGUUACAGCCUUUGCCUUCAAAGAAGCGAAGUAAGCCAGCAAUGCAGCAACAGUCCAAGGAAGUGGAAACUAGCAAUGCAAAUGAGAAUCAACAAUCCUUAAUAUCAACAGGACAAAGUAUUUUACAGGCACUUGCGACAAAGGGGGCGUCCAAUACAAGUAGAGCUGCUGAUGCAAGUGGUCCCUCGAUGUCAAGGCCCUCUGUUAUUGGGGGUCAAGCCCCUGGAAAUGCAGCGUUUAGGGUACAAGGCUCUGGUGAACAAAUUGACGUCGCGAGCGUAAUGUCUGACUUAAUUCACAGCCCUGCUAUGGAGAAUCUUCUCUCUCGAUUUUCAGAUCAAGCUGGGGGUGUCCCAGUGGCUUCACUAAGCAAUGCCUUGGAGCAACUCUCUCAAAGUCCUCCAAUGAGGAAUGCACUUAAUCGAAUUGUUCAACAGGUGGAAGACAGUAGCCCUGAUCUUACAAGCAUGCUUUCAGGUUUAGGAAGUGGGCGAGGGAUGGACUUGUCGGGAAUUUUUAACCAGAUGAUGCCUGUUGUGGCGCAAGCCCUCAGCAAAGGUUCUGCUCAACCUGUUCCUUCAGAGGGGGUUGACAGAGAGCUGCAGACACUAUCUGGAGAACUGAGAAAUUCAGCCACUAAAAGUGGUCAGGGCAGUCAAAUUUCUCAGGUUGAUUUGCAGCAGGUGGUUGAUAAAAUUGAGCGCCUUGAUGCGGCUGGGGAUGUUUUCCAAACUAUGGUUGAGAAUACCUGCCAUUUAUCUGGUCUAGAAAUUGGUCCUGAAGAUCUCUUUAAUGAAGAGGGUCUUGCUCAGGAAUUCAUGGAAAUGUUAUAUCGUGAAAUUCGCCGCCGACAUGAAUCUGAGUCUGGCGGAAAAUCUUAAAGCUGGGAACCUUUUUGGUCAUUUAGACUUCCAAGCAUUGUAUGAAAUACUUUUAGUGAGUAAUUCAGGGAUGUCUUCUUUCUGCGUUUUUCCCCACUUCCUUUUUCCUAUAUGAAAGUGUGCCUUUAUUCUGGUUUUUUAUUUGGAUUCCAUUUUAAUACAGAAAAAAGAUUCAUGUAAAUCAAGAAAGAUUCUCCGAGGAUUUCAGCAUCUCAUACGGCAUUCUUGUGCAUUUUUAAGAUGACGUUGGCCUGUGUGUGUGCAUGGGCAGUUUUGAGCAUGCAAUAAUAUCGGUUCUUAGAUUUUGGUGGGUCA